AGCAAGCAAGCAAGCAGCAGGGAUGUUUGGGUGCCUCUUGGCUUCCUCUUCCCAACCCGAAAGACAGCAGGAAACUUGGAAGACCCUUCCUCUCGCUUGCUUCAUGAAUUAUUUAUUGAAGGAGACCCACAGCCUCUCUACCCAGGGAUUUCAACAUGGACAGAUGUGAAUGACUUCAAGUACAAUGUUAGCUUUGGCACCUCUGACAUCCUUGCCAUAGAUCUCCAAAUGUUUCAGCAUGUGUCAAGAUGUAACAUUUCCAGCUUGAAAAGUCUCAAGAAAGGUGAGACCUUAAUCCAUGUUUUGAAUUGAAAGAAGAAAGAUGGGGUUAACUGGACGAUCAAAAACAAUAGGAAACUGGACAAGCCUAGCUAAAAUGGACCUGUACUCAAGACUGAACUUGCCAGGCUUUGACAGUGAUCUGCUAACUGAUCCAAAACAAGAUCUCAAAGACAGCACAAAUUCGGUUGAGGUACAGAUAAUUCUUAUCUGUGCCUACUGUGUUAUUAUCCUGCUAGGGUUAGUGGGCAACUCUUUGGUGAUUCAUGUGGUGAUCAAGUUCAAGAGCAUGCGCACUGUGACUAACUUCUUCAUUGCCAAUUUGGCAGUGGCUGAUCUGUUGGUGAACACUCUUUGCCUCCCUUUCACUUUAGUUUACACAUUACUGGGAGAAUGGAAGCUUGGCCCAGUACUGUGUCACCUAGUGCCUUAUGCCCAAGGCCUUGCAGUGCAGGUAUCUAUAGUUACGUUAACUGUGAUUGCCUUGGACCGGCACCGCUGCAUUGUGUAUCACUUGGAGAGCAAAAUCUCUAAAAGAAUCAGCUUCCUAAUCAUUGGGGUGGCCUGGGGUGGCAGUGCUCUCUUAGCUAGCCCUCUGGCCAUCUUUCGGGAGUAUUUCUCCAUUGAGCUGAAUCCCGAUUUCAAGAUGGUAGUUUGUGCUGAAGCCUGGCCAAAAGAAGCUGUGGUCAGUUAUGGCACUAUCUAUAGUAUCUCAAUGCUUCUGAUCCAGUAUGUCUUGCCUCUCGUGAUCAUCUCAUAUGCCUACAUUCGUAUCUGGUGUAAACUAAAGAAUCACGUCAGUCCCGGGGCAGGGAAUGAUCACUACCACCAGAGGCGUCGGAAAACUACCAAGAUGUUGGUCUGUGUCGUGGUGGUGUUUGCAGUCUGCUGGCUGCCUUUUCACAUCUUUCAGCUUGUCAGUGAUAUUGACAGCAAAGUGUUGGAUCUGCAAGAGUACAAACUGAUCUACACGCUCUUUCAUGUCAUCGCUAUGUGCUCCACUUUUGCCAAUCCCCUCCUCUAUGGCUGGAUGAAUAACAACUACAGAACAGCUUUCUUGACAGCUUUCCGUUGCGAACAGCGGCUGGAUUCCAUCCACCCCGAGGCGUCACCUGCACUCAAAGCCAAGAAGAGCCUGGAAGCAAAAGAGAAUCUCUGCAAUGGAUCACCAUUUUCACAGCCUACAAGUGUUUGAGAGCCAGAUUGGAUGGGCUGAUGGAGGUGCAUGAAUGCUCCUUUUCAUUCUUUUCUGUAGAUAAGCUACAUGUGCUGAAGAACAUGAAUGCAUCUUUAACUUUUGGUGACUACCAGAUAUUGUGAGGAGAGGGGAAUAUGUACUGGAACCAUGGGAAGAGGGGUAUUUAAACUCUUUCCCUGUGCCAUUUUCCUGAUGAAAUUGCCCCCAACUGGUGUUUAGUCCAGCUGGAAAAAGCAUACAUAUACACUUGCAGUGUUAGGAAAUCAGUGCACAAAGAGAGGAUUAAGCACUUUCUUCAGCAUAGUCCUGAUUCAUAGUUCAUUCUCACCUAGCUUGGAUUUGCACAAAGCAGGGAAUUGACACAUCUCUGUUGCAUGUUUUGUUUGACUCCCGAAGGAAAUAAAUAUGGACCAAGGGAGUUUGUAAGAGAACAGUUUGGUGCAGAUCCUCCGUUGAUACAUAAGAACUUUUAUGAACCAGAGGAAAUUUGAGAAAGUUGAAGAAUUUUUUUCUCUGCAGUUUGAAAAGACAACCAUUUCUAUUCAAGGAGAAGGUCAAUUCCAAAGAAAUAGGACAGAGCAGUCUGAUUUCCGUUGCCUAAAAAGAAAUCAGGAGCAUAUAUGGUAGCGACACAGCUGAGAUGGUUUUAACAGUGUUUCUAUAAAUAAAACAGUAGUGAGGAGAAAAGGCAUUGGUAUUAGAGGCUGACAAACAGAUGAAUGCUGGGAACACAGAGUGUAGCCCUUUUGGCUAAAAGAUCAAAGUACCCUCUUGUGGUAAAGAUGGAAAUUGCUUUUGAAACUCAAGCUUGCCUAUUUUGUUUCGGAGGAAAGAGGUUCCCAGAAAUCAAGGCGCACAAUGGUUUGUGUUGUGUGCUUUUACAAAGGUGUUUCUGUUUUCCUGUUGAGGUGGGACCCAAGGUUAACAAAACACAAACAUCUACUUACAAGCCUUUGCAACAGAAAUCUGGAGGACAAACUACUAAUUACAAAUGUAGGGUUUAGUUUGCAUUAUACAUAAUUGACAUUUGUAUAGUUCUGAUAAAUCCAGAGUGUUUAUUAUUUCACAAUCUGUUACAGGCAAUUUAACAAGGAAGUACUCAACAUCCUAUGGUUCUUUUCAGCCCUCUUCUAGAAGGAAAGGUUUGCUUGCAAAAUUCAGAGCUUGGAAAAUUAUUUCUGAGAUAAAACCAUCCAUAUUUAAGCAGUGAUGGCAUGAUGCUCUGGGAUCCAUUGCACCAUCCUACCACUGUUCAGUAAUGGAUGGUGUCAAUAUCUGUUAUAUAUCUGUUAUAUUCCCCAGUCUUAAAAGUAACACUCAACCAUUGCUGCUACCUAUUUGAGAAAAAUCUUCAAUCCACUUGGCCAUUGUCCUACAAAUACUCUUCUUCCUUCUGCCCGCAUUUUCAAAGAUUUUGUCCUAUUUACUAUAGACACCAGGAUUAUGUGGAUGAGAAGUUGGUUUGGUUCCUUAGUUAGGAACUUUCCAAAAUAUGUAAUUUUUUUCAUAAUUCUCAAAGACUGAAAGAAACUGGCUUGCUGGAGAAAAUGAAAUUCUCAGAUUUGCCCAUCCAGACAAACAACACUUAGCUCUUAAAAUGUCAACUUUGCUUCUCUCUGUAGACAGUGGUUGAUUUAGAUUUGCUACCUCUUUCCCCCCUUGACAGGCUCUUGGUCUUUAGCACAAUAUAGAAGGCAGAUGCAACCUAACCAGCUCCAUACUCUAGAAUACCUAUAAUAAUUGACUUUGGCCAGAGCAGAUGGCUGUAAAUUUCAUUCUGUUAAUUUUGAUCAGCUCCAAAAUUUGCUAUUUAUUUUUUUUUUACAUUCAACAGGAAGACCUUGAAUGGUGAAAGCAAAACUGACAUUUCUCCAUCUCCGGUAGAACAAAGGCAUGCUUAUUUAUUUAUUUAUUUAUUUAUUUACCCACCCUAUUUAUAUCCUGCCUUUUUCUACAUGGAAGGGGAUUCAAGGUGGCUUUACAUAUAGGCAACUAUUCAGUGCCUUUGAAGAACAUACAGUUAAAAUACAUUUAAGCUAAAAUUAAAAUUAAUGCACAUGGAACAUAUAAGAACAUUGCAGUCACUAUUAAAAUCAUGUUAUCCACAAUUGUAAUCUGGGGCAGUUCCAAUAAUCAUUGCCCAUAUUUUGUAGCUGUUAUUGCACUACCAUUAAUCUCCAAAGGCUUGAUCCCAAAGCCAGGUUUUUACUUUUCUUCUGAAGGCCAGGAGGGAGGGGGAUGCUCUAAUAUCACUGGGGAGGGAGUUCCACAGCCGAGGGGCCAUCACUCAGAAGGCCCUCUCUCUCAUCCCCACCAGUCGUGCCUGUGAAGGAGGCGGGACCAAGAGCAGGGCAUCCUCAGAUGAUCUUAAUCUUCUAUAUACAUUGGGAGUGGGGCAAGUGUACUGCACAGAUAGGAUACCUGUAACAUCUUUAUGUCCUCAAUACAUCCAUUUAUAAAAUGUGAUUUUAAAGAGCCCAUUUGUGUCUUCCAGGACCUGAGCAAGAAAACGUAUCCAUGUAUCCCCAACCUGUUUUAAUUUGGGUGUGGUCUUUCUCACAAUUUUCUUCCCAGUUGGUGGCUUUCAUGUUGGGCAUGGUGAAUCCACACUGGACUUGAACCCAAAUCAGUUUGAAUGAAAAGUAUUUGUAAUAUUUGGUGGGCCAUUUUGUCCAAAAACAGAACGGGAAGGAGGGACUCACAAAGCCCAGCAAAAUGGAUUAAGGAAGCCAGAUUUUAUUGGUUCCUGCAUAGGAAGGGGUUAAAUCUGAUGUGUCUUUUCUCCCUUCCCUGGCAGCAGCAGUGUCCCUCCAAUUUUCUGGGGAAAGUUUCCUAGGAUCCUCCAGAGUGAUCCCUGCUGGGAACUUGCUUUCCCAGCAGCACUUGCAUAGGGCAGGCAUUGAAAAGUUCCUCUCAGAGCAUGAGGUGAGUUCAAGUUUCUCUCUGUGUGUGCUUCUCAGCCAGUAAGAAGCCUGGUUGUGUUCAUAUGUUGAUUUGCUGGGAAGGACACAACUGGUGACUGCAAUUCCUAGAACCCUCUCUUGCAAUUUGUCUUAUUUUUAAAAAGGUUAUGGUUAAAAUUUAAAUUAUUCUAAAAAAUCAGUAGAUUGGUGAAUUGUUUUGAAACUUGGCAGGCCUGCAGUUGUAAAUGGGGUCUAAAACUGAGGUAGGUUUCAUGCAGAUAGGCCUUAAAAUGACUGAAAAUUGAGACUUUAAAGUUUCUCAUUGUAGCCAAUGGGCCAAAUCUUUGCAAUACCCCUUUUCUUUUGAGUAACUUCCUAGUAAACAGAAUAAGGUCAGCCAACAAUGGGCCCUGAAAUGGGAUGCCUUUUGGCUGAAUCACACACCUCUAAUCCACAUUAUAUUUGAAAAGAGCUGUCCAAGGUGCUAAACCCAUUUUCUGAACAGGGCUAGAAAGUCCUAAAGUUCUUUCAAAGCAAACACUUUUACAAUUUGGCUUUCUGGGGGUACAUAUACCCCCUUGAGUUCUAGGGAAAGAUACAUGCAACCUCAAGACCUUUGGAAGUGCCACCUGAGCUGCACAUGUCUACUCAGAAUACUUUGCCUACAACAGGUCUUAUUCCCCAGUCAGUGAAUAUAGUAGUAUGGCCUAAUCUAUAUUUUCAUGUUCUCAAGCCUAGCUACUUUAUAGCCACAGUUUGUCCUCCCUGAUUUCAGAAUAACUGCAUACAGCUUGUUGAGAUGUGUACAAGGAGAAUUUCAUAAUUGAAAAAAGAAGUAGUUGGAAUUUAAGCUUAUUCAUAGAAAUAUAUUAGUUGCAGAAAGGUGAGGAACAAAUUUAAAAUGAAAAAAGCAAUAUAUAUAUACUACUGUACACACUGUUUUACCCUCCAGUCAAUAUUGGUAUGGGUGUAUAGUAAGGAAUGCCAAGUGCUUGAACUUUUAGCCUGAUCCAUACUUAAACAUUUGGAGGCAAGCCACUUGAUUCCCAGCAGUGUUAAGUUGACUCAGAUCUGAAUGUUCAUCUCACAUGGGUUAAAGAUUGAGCUGCUGGCAUAACUGACUCACCAGGUUUGAAACUGUUCCUAGUUGCGAUACACCACAAUGGGAUGGUAUGUGAUUUUGCAGCAAAGCUGCUGAAAGCUGAUCAUCUAGCUCUAUUGCUAUGUGCUUUUUGCUGUCUAUGCUCCUGUGUUGCACAUCUUGCCUUCGAUCUUUACCCACCAUCACACUCUCUGUGAUUGAAAACAUCCAAAUGGAAUGUAAACCAGACAACACUGUGCUGCUUUGUCAUCGUACACUAACAAAUGAUGUUUGCAUGCAUGUUGUCUCCCUUAUGCUCAGGUAUAAGAACUGAUUCUCUUGUAAAUCCACAGCUAUAAAUGCUAAUGCACAGUU